GAGGCGAGCGAAACUCACGUCUCUCCCCCCUCCCCCGCGUCCCUUCCCUCCCUACCCCGUCGCCGUCGCCGUCGCCGCUGCCGUGCGUCGGAGCGGGAUGACGCAGAGCAUGAGCGGCCGCGGAGGGAGCGGCCGCGGGUACGGACUCCACCACCACCACCACCACAGCGCGCUGUGCUGCCUCUCCGCCGCGCCGCCGCUUCCGGGGGACGCCACGCCGACGCUGCCGCUGGCGCCGGACCCCGCCGCCGCCGCCGCCGCGGCCUCGGGGGCGGCGGUGGCGGUGGAGGGGGUACUGCACAAGUGGACCAACUACGGCCGCGGGUGGCGGGAGCGCUGGUUCUCGCUCCGCGACGGCGUCCUGUCCUACUCCAAGAUUCGGGCCGGCGCGGGCGCCGGCGCGGCGGAGGAGGACGGGGAGGUCAGGCUGAUCGGCUCCAGGGUCGGCGGCGCGCGCCACACUGAGAAGCCCACCGGCGUCGUAAGCCUCAAGGUGUCAGCAUUUCGGGAGAGCAAGUCUGACGAUAGGAGAUUCUACAUAUUUUCCCCCACAAAGACGCUUCACUUGAAGACACAUUCAAAAGAUGACCGUGUUGCCUGGAUUGAGGCCUUGAUCUUGGCAAGGAGUGUGUACUCUCUCAGGUCACUCAGCGGGAGAGUAACUUUCGUGCAGUGCGAUGUUUCGAUUUCAACUGCAAGGCUUCGAGAUCGAAUGCAUCAGGAGGGUCUGAACGAGAAUCUUAUUCAGGACUGUGAACAGAUUGUACUUUCUGAAUUCUCAAGCUACCGGAAGCAACUCAAGCGGCGUUAUGAGGAUUACUUAAGCUUGUUUGGGUCCUGCAGACACAAUUUUGAGGAAGGUAAAGAUGGAAGUAUAACACAGGGGGAAUUGACAAGAAAUGACUUUUCUAGUUCUCGACAUGGAAAUUUUAGCGAAUAUAGCACAACAGAAUCUGAUGAGUUUGAAAAGAACGACGGAGGUGAAUUGAUCUGUGAAGAAGAAACUCCAUUCUUUGAUUCUGUGGACUACUUCAUAGAAUCAGACAACAGGUCUUCAACCAUGCUAAGUGAUCAGGAAGUUGUGGAUACCCAAACACAAGAUUCUAGUGACAGGUUACCACAAAUCAGACGAAGGACUAGACUACCAGAGCCUACUGAGAAGGAGAAAGGGAUCAGCCUCUGGUCCAUUAUUAAAGAUAGUGUUGGAAAGGACUUGACACGAGUUUGCCUUCCAGUUUACUUCAAUGAACCUCUCUCAUCCCUUCAAAAGUGCUUUGAAGAUUUGGAAUAUUCAUACCUCUUGGAUCAGGCCUAUCAAUAUGGAAAAAUGGGAAAUAGUCUCAUGAGAAUUCUCAAAGUAGCUGCUUUCGCGAUCUCCGGCUAUGCUUCAUCUGUUGCAAGACCUUGCAAACCAUUCAAUCCAUUGUUAGGAGAGACCUAUGAAGCUGAUUACCCUGAUAGAGGAGUUCGUUUUUUCGCAGAAAAGGUUAGUCAUCAUCCAAUGCUGAUUGCCUGCCACUGUGAAGGCAAGGGUUGGAAAUUCUGGGGCGACAGCAAUCUCAAAUCCAAGUUUUGGGGGCAGUCAAUUCAAGUUGAACCAGUUGGCAUUUUGACUGUGGAAUUUGACGAUGGGGAAAUCUUCCAAUGGAAUAAGGUUACAACGACUAUUCAUAACCUCAUCCUUGGGAAGUUGUACUGCAGCCACCAUGGAACCAUGCAUAUAAAAGGGAAUCGUCAGUAUUCAUGUAAACUUAAGUUCAAAGAGCCAUCACUUCUUGACCGGAAUCCUCACCUAGUACAAGGCUUUGUAGAGGAUAAUGAUGGGAGCAAAGCUUCGUUUUUAAUAGGGAAGUGGGAUGAAAGCAUGUAUUAUAGUAAUUCUGAUACUUUCAAGGUGAGAAGUGCUGAUCAACUGAAAGGUGCUUCGCUAUUGUGGGAAAAGAACAAACCUGCUCCUAAUCCAACGCGGUACAAUCUGUCUUCAUUCGCGAUCACGUUGAAUGAGUUAACCCCAGGGCUGCAGGAAAAACUUCCACCUACAGAUUCACGGUUGAGACCAGAUCAGCACCACCUAGAGAAUGGAGAAUAUGAAAAGGCGAACGCUGAGAAGUUGAGGUUGGAACGGCGUCAAAGAAUGUCCACGAAACUUCAAGACAAUGGCUGGAAGCCCCGGUGGUUCGAGCAGGACACUGACGAUGGGACGUACCGCUACAAAGGCGGAUACUGGGAAACAAGAGAGAAGGGACACUGGGACGGGUGCCUCGACAUAUUUGGGGAAUUCGUUGAGACAUGAGCACCCUGUUCUCGCAGUAGCAAAGGAUCAAGCAGCAAGCACCCAUCCGGCAAGGCCAUUUAGAAACAACGGAGCACCGCCAUCUUCGCUGGAGCUCCUCUUGUUAAACAAGAAAAGGGGAGCACUGCGCGAGGAAUAUUGAGGAAGGCGGCAUUGCCAUCCUGAACUGAAUGGUAGCAGAUAUGGAUGACAAUGGAGGCAUGACCAGUCUGUUAGUAUAGUAUAGUCCCCGAUGCAAAUAAGAAUGUUGGUCUCCAUUCUUUGGUUCCUUGUGUUAAACAUGGAUCUGUUGUUGUUGAGCAGGCUACCCGGCCUUCAUUUCAUCAUGGAAGAGAUCUGCUUGCUCGGCUAUGGCAAAAUUCUGCCUGCCCAUGUAAUGCUUUUGCCUAUUCCAGCCAGGAUGGGAAAAGAACAUUGUGCAGAGAAAAAGAGCCAGUAAACUUACAUGAACCUGACAUAGUUUAGCAAAUAAAUUUCCUUUAUUUCCAAUA